AUGCAGAAUAACCAACUACCUCCACACAUGAUGCAACAAUUCUCGCAUCCUCAACCACGCUUAUUUCAUCCACAGGUGGCUUACCCUCUCAUGGCCAACAUACAACCUUCUGAACGAACACAAGGUGCCUUUUCCACCUAUGCCUCACGAUUAAAACAAUCAGAUAACAACGCGCUUUUACUACCCGAAUCCUACGUGACAAAGAAAUCGCGUUUCGAUUCAGAAGACGAGUUUGAUGAAUUUGAAUCUGAAGAUGAUUCAGACCAAGGCACGACACGAGAAGGCAACGAAAAUGAGGAACAGAAAAAGAAGCAAGAAAGACCAGACGCUUUACAGAAACAAAAAGAACUGGUCGCUGUGCCUCCACCUGCGCCUGAAUGGCAAAAGAUCAUUCGAAGAAAGAACGAUUUUACAUUUACCAAUCAGGAUCUAGAGACGAUCGCAGAGAUAGAGGAAGUGUUGGUACCGGUUCGCUUAGAUAUUGAUGUGGACGCUAUCAAAUUACGUGAUCGUUUUUUAUGGAACAUGAAUGAGCAAUACUUGACACCUGAAAAGUUUGCAGAAAUGUUGUGUGUGGAUUUACAACUCUCGCCUCAUCGAUUUGUUCAGCCUAUUGCAGACUCCAUUCGUGCUCAAGUGCUUGAUUUUGAAAGCUUUAAUCAAGUCAAAUUGCCUUCUGAAUACACGCGUGUGGUGAUCAAUCUUGAUUUGCAAGUGGGUAAAGUCAAUUAUCGUGAUCAGUUUGAAUGGGAACUCAAGGAAGAAAACACAAAUGCACCUGAAGUAUUCAGUCGUCAAUUAGCUUCUGAAUUAGGUAUUGGAGGUGAAUAUGUACCUAUGAUAUCUCAUGCCAUUCGAGAGCAAAUGUUUAAACACAAAAAGCAAUAUGCAGAAGAGCUUGUGAUUGAUGGUGAAAUCAGAACUCAAUUAGAAAGUGCAUUUCGUCCUGUUGAAGAAGCUAAAGACUGGGUGCCUCGUAUGGACAUGUUAUCGAACGAUGAGCUAGAGAAACUGUUGAUUGCACAAGAACGAAACAUUAGACGCAUGCGAAGAGAAACACGUUUCAAGCGUUCAAAUCGUCGUAAUUAA